AUGAAGAACUGGGGAAGCUCCGAUUCAGGGGGGUCUGAGGACCCGCCCCAAGAGGACUCCUGCUUAGACCCCCUGGAUGGAGACCCUAAUUCCAGGCCAGUUCCAGCCAAGCCCCACAUCUUCCCUACGGCUAAGAGCCGCAGCCGACUUUUUGGAAAGUGUGACUCAGAGGAGGCUUCUAUGGAUUGCUCUUAUGAAGAAGGCCAGCUAGCCUCUUGCCCAGCCAUCACAGUCAGUCCUGUUGUCAUGAUCCCGAAACAUGAGGACGGCCCCACCUGUGCCAGGCAGCCGUCCCAGGACUCUGUGACUGCUGGAUCUGAGAAGAGCCUCAAGCUCUAUGAUCGCAGGAAGAUAUUUGAGGCUGUCGCUCAGAAUAACUGUGAGGAGCUGCAGAGCCUGCUGCUCUUCCUGCAGAAGAGCAAGAAGCACCUCAUGGACAGCGAGUUCAAAGACCCAGAGACAGGGAAGACCUGUCUGCUGAAAGCCAUGCUCAACCUGCAUGAUGGGCAGAAUGACACCAUCCCCCUGCUCCUGGAGAUUGCCCGUCAGACGGACAGCCUAAAGGAGUUGGUCAACGCCAGCUACACAGACAGCUACUACAAGGGCCAGACAGCCCUGCAUAUUGCCAUUGAGAGGCGGAACAUGGCGCUCGUGACCCUCCUGGUGGAGAACGGGGCAGACGUCCAGGCUGCAGCCAAUGGGGACUUCUUUAAGAAAACCAAAGGGCGGCCUGGCUUCUACUUUGGUGAGCUGCCCCUGUCCUUGGCUGCAUGUACCAACCAGCUGGGCAUUGUGAAGUUCCUGCUGCAGAACUCUUGGCAACCUGCAGACAUCAGCGCCAGGGACUCCGUGGGUAACACCGUGCUGCACGCACUGGUAGAGGUGGCCGACAACACAGCUGACAAUACCAAGUUUGUGACGAGCAUGUACAAUGAGAUUCUCAUCCUGGGCGCCAAGCUCCACCCUACACUGAAGCUGGAGGGGCUCACCAACAAGAAGGGGCUGACGCCACUGGCUCUGGCAGCCAGGAGUGGGAAAAUUGGGGUCUUGGCCUAUAUUCUCCAGAGAGAGAUCCAAGAGCCUGAGUGCAGGCAUCUGUCCAGGAAGUUCACUGAAUGGGCGUACGGGCCCGUGCACUCGUCGCUCUAUGACCUGUCCUGCAUUGACACUUGUGAGAAGAACUCAGUGCUGGAGGUGAUUGCCUACAGCAGCAGUGAGACCCCGAAUCGCCAUGACAUGCUUUUGGUGGAACCACUGAACCGACUCCUGCAGGAUAAGUGGGACAGAUUUGUCAAGCGCAUCUUCUACUUCAACUUCUUCAUCUACUGCUUGUAUAUGAUCAUCUUCACUACAGCAGCCUACUACAGGCCUGUGGAUGGCUUGCCUCCCUAUAAGCUGAAACACACUGUUGGAGACUAUUUCCGAGUCACCGGAGAGAUUCUUUCUGUAUUAGGGGGAGUCUACUUUUUUUUCCGAGGGAUUCAAUAUUUCCUGCAGAGGCGGCCAUCGCUGAAGACCUUGUUUGUGGACAGCUACAGUGAGAUGCUUUUUUUUGUGCAGUCACUGUUCAUGCUGGGGACCGUGGUGCUGUACUUCUGCCACCACAAGGAGUACGUGGCCUCUAUGGUGUUCUCCCUGGCCAUGGGCUGGACCAACAUGCUCUACUACACCCGCGGCUUCCAGCAGAUGGGCAUCUAUGCUGUUAUGAUUGAGAAGAUGAUCCUGAGAGACUUGUGUCGCUUCAUGUUUGUCUACCUUGUUUUCUUGUUCGGGUUUUCCACAGCGGUGGUGACGCUGAUUGAGGAUGGGAAGAAUAACUCUGUGCCGACUGAGUCCACAUUGCAUAGGUGGCGAGGGCCUGGCUGCCGGCCACCUGACAGCUCCUACAAUAGCCUGUACUCCACGUGUCUCGAGCUCUUCAAGUUUACCAUCGGUAUGGGCGACCUGGAGUUCACCGAGAACUAUGACUUCAAGGCUGUCUUCAUCAUCCUAUUGCUGGCCUACGUGAUUCUCACCUAUAUCCUUCUACUCAACAUGCUCAUUGCCCUCAUGGGUGAGACUGUCAACAAGAUCGCACAGGAGAGCAAGAACAUAUGGAAACUACAGAGAGCUAUCACCAUCCUGGACACGGAGAAGAGCUUCCUUAAGUGUAUGAGGAAGGCCUUCCGCUCAGGCAAGCUGUUGCAGGUGGGGUAUACACCUGACGGCAAGGAUGACUACAGGUGGUGUUUCAGGGUGGAUGAGGUCAACUGGACCACUUGGAACACCAAUGUAGGUAUCAUCAAUGAAGACCCUGGGAACUGUGAGGGCAUCAAGCGCACCCUGAGCUUCUCCCUGCGGUCAGGCAGAGUUUCAGGAAGAAACUGGAAGAACUUUUCCCUGGUUCCCCUUUUAAGAGAUGCAAGUACAAGAGAAAGGCACCCUGCCCAACCGGAGGAAGUUCAUCUGAGGCACUUUGCAGGGUCCCUCAAGCCAGAAGAUGCUGAGAUCUUCAAGGAUCCUGUUGGUUUAGGGGAGAAGUGA